AUGACGGAUCAUAUAGUAAAGAAAGCACAAGAGUGCUUACCGAAUAUUCCAUUAACGGUUAUAUCCCAAGGUGCAGAGGCAUUAGUUUUCUAUACUGAUGUCCAUCCAUAUUCUAGUGAACCAUACUUAGAAAACCGUGAAAAAUACGUUAUCAAAUAUAGACCAUCCAAGCCAUAUAGACAUCCUAAAGUGGACAGUAGUAUAACCAAGUCCCGUACGGUGGGAGAGGUAAAGUUUAUGUACAAGUUAAACAAGUUGGGUAUAAACUCCCCAAGAAUAAUUCUGGCAGAUUACAACAACGGCAUAAUUUGGAUGGAAUAUAUAGGAGACAGUUUGCCCAAUGGAGAUGUACGCUCUUUUAAGAAUUGGUUAUGGUAUCUCGAGAAGAACAACCAAAAUUGUACAAGUGAGUCUGUAGAGAAGAUGUGUUUCAAAGUGGGUCAACUAAUUGGAAAACUACACUUGCACGAAAUGAUCCAUGGGGAUUUGACGUCCUCUAAUAUCUUAUUGAAUGAUGAUGACCCGGUAUUAAUCGAUUUUGGAUUGUCCUCAUAUUCAGGCUUAGCGGAAGAUAAAUCUGUUGACCUAUACGUUUUGGAGAGGGCUAUAAACAGUACCCAUUCUGUAUAUGCUAAGGAGUAUAAUCAGUGGUUGUUACAAGGUUACGAAGAUAUUCAUAAGCAUAAAGAAUUCGGCAAACAGGGCCAAAAGAAAUUAGUAGAAGUGUUGAAGAAAUUAGAUGACGUGAGAUUAAGAGGAAGAAAGAGAAGCAUGUUAGGUUAG